AUGGAUUGGUAUUCUGGAGAAUGUGUGGGUAGCCAAUCUUCAUUGCACGAUACAAUGACCAACUAUUCAUCAUUACAAGAAGAAGAAGAUAUGGAACAAAAAGAGUUGAAUAAUUCAUCACCAUCAUCAUUAUCCUCUACAUUUGGUUCAUUCAUCCUUCUUUUCCAUGAUUCACUUAGAAAUUUUCUCAAUCGACAGUCGAUCAUUGUUAGUAAACCGCAUUUUAUUGAAAAAAAAAUAAUACAAAAUCGUCAAUGGGCGAUUGAAUUUACUCGAAGUGGCGGUCUCAAUGCUUUAUUAGGCUAUAUCAAUCGUACAACAGCAAAAAGAUUGACAUUGAUUGAUGUAAUACUUCUCAAUGAAGCAUUGCAAUGUCUUCGAAAAUUAAUGAAUAUAAUUGAAAUAUUUGAGCAUAUUGCCAAUAAUAAUCAAUAUAUCAAUGGAAUUGUCAAAACAUUAACAAUUCCAUCGCCUGAAAUUCGUAUGCGUGUAUUCGAACUAUUAACAGCACUGUGCGUGUAUUCACACGAAGGCUAUGAUCUCGUUCUAAAAGCAUUACGUGAUUUUGAGGUAAAUUUUUUUGAUUAUAUUGAAAAAUUGACAAAGAAUACAAGAUUUUAUGAUACUUUAUUAGAUUAUGCAGAACUAUUGAUUGAUAUUGGUCAUGAAAAUGAUAAUGAUGAUGAUGAAAGUAAUGACACGGAAGAAUUUGAUAAUCGAGAAACCGGUAUUUCUGAUGAUAAACUUCGGUGGAUUGAAAAUCCAAAGAAAAGAACGAGCGCAAAUCAAUCAGAGCAAUAUUCGAAUGUAUUUGCCGUGAUUACUGAACAAUUAAAAUAUACGGAAGUGGCAAAACAUAAAUGGUCCGCAUUAGCUUUAAUAAAUAAUAUUUUAUCUUGUACAGAUUUUAUUGACAAACGUUUGCACUACAGAAAUAUUUUAUUAGCGGAUGGAUUUUUAUCAACAUUAGAACGAGCAAGACGUUAUGAUGAUAUUGAUCUUAAUUUUCAAAUUGAUAUUUUUCUAGAAAAGAAACAGUAUGGUGAAGAAGAAUAUUUAAAGCAAUUUGAUCAAAAUGACCUACUGGCUAUUGGUCGAGCGAUCGAGUUUCAACUUCGAACAGAUUCAAAUGAAAAAGCAAUGUAUCUGACAGCGAUGCAAUUAUUACAUGCAACAUUCACAUCGUGUACUAUACGUACACAAACCGAUAUACCAUUCAAUUCUGUUGUUAAAACCAACAAUAUUAUUAAUAACUUUGAAAAGGACAUACUAUCUUCAUCUCUUGAUACAUCUAUAAUAUCUUCACCACCUAAUGCACCGCCACUGCCAGAAAGUUUAGCAGGCAACAACUCGGUGUCACCAGCUCUACCCUUAAAAAAGACAGCAACAAUCACAUCCGAGCAACAAGUUUUUGCAUUACCUUCCAGUUCGACAGUACCAGAAGCGCCAUCGUUGAAGAGUGAUAUAUCUUGUUCUCCGUCAGUUUUGUCUACCAACGUGACAACAGGCUCUGUAUUAGAGCAACAACGAAUAUAUUCAUCAGGAAUAUCGAAAUUAUUAGAUAGUAUUCCCAGACCUGAAGGAAAAGUACGUCGAUUACCAUGGAAAAAAUUACAACAAACAAUUCUCAGUAAAAGUAACUUUUGGUCAGAUAUUAACGAUUGUGAUGAUGUAAAAAUUGACUUUAAAUUAAUUGAAAAAUAUUUUGAAAUCGAUGAUAGCAAUGAUUCAAAACAAAACGAUAAAACAGAUAAAAUUGUCUCUUCGCAUAUUCAAAUAUUACCAUGUACACGUUCAAUUAAUAUUGAUGUAUUUUUAAAAAAAUUUAAUAUUGAUUUUGACGAGAUAGUACAAGCAAUUUGUUGUUAUGAUACUAAAUCGACAAAUGUGGAAUGUUUAAGAAUGUUAUCAAAAAUAUUACCAACCUCCGAAGAGAUUACUCUUGUUAAUAAUCACAUGUGUGAUCAGUGGUCGACAGCUGAACAUUUUAUCCAUUCAAUUAGUAAAAUUCAACAUUAUGAAUUUCGUAUUCAGACACAAUUAUUGAUCGUUGAUUUUAAAGAAUUUAUAAGCGAUUAUAGAGAAAAAUUUCAACAAUUAUUGGAUACAAUGGAUUAUUUAAAACAUAAUUUAUCUAUUAAAGAAUUUAUUCGUUUAUUAUUGGCAAUUGGAAAUUUUUUAAAUUACGUACAUAUAUAA